CUCCGAACGCCCAUCUUGAUUAUCUAGCCAACGAACCCACGGCAGAUGUUGAUCAGAGGAGACCUUGUUCACUGUUCAAAUCUCGGACAAAUCGAUAUUUUGCAAGAUUAUCUCUUAGAUGUCAAUGACGAGGGAAUCCUGGCCCACGUUGCGCCAGCAUGCGCUGCAGAGUCUCAAAACUUGAUUCAUAAUGCGAGGGAACCUCUCAUACUCAUACCGCGGGGAGGCUUUCUCCUCCCGACGUUCUGCGACCUCCAUCUGCAUGCACCUCAAUUUCUUUACCAAGGGACAGGACUGCACCUCCCCUUGAUGAAAUGGCUAGAUGAAUACGCGUUCAAAGCUGAAGAGAGCUUAGAUGCAGACCCUGUUCUAGCGGAGAAGGUAUAUGCACGGCUCGCAGCCCGACUUAUCGAAUAUGGAACCGGCGCCGUAUUGCUCUUCGGUACGAUCAAUUCAGAAACAAAUCUGAUACUAGCGAAGGUCAUGCAAAAGGCCGGUAUCCGAGCAUAUGUAGGCAAGCUAUCCAUGGAUAUUUCCUCUCGAACAUCGUACGUCGAGCACACAGCAGAAGCAGCUUUAUCUGCAGCACUUCACUUUUCACACCAGUGCCGUGCAUUGUUCGCGGAGCUUCCGCGCCAUGCACGGCUGGUCGAGCCGGUCCUGACUCCACGCUUCGUGCCUACUUGCUCGGACGAGCUGUUGAAAGGGCUAGGCGAUAUGUCUGCGCAGGACGAUCUUCGCGUUCAGAGCCAUAUGGCCGAGGCACACGACCAAAUGGAAUGGGUCAAGCGCGAGCGUGGCAUGGACGACAUGGCAGUCUUCGCGAGAAAUGGCCUCCUCACGCCACGCACGAUCCAAGCACACUGCACCUUUCUCUCUCCGCCGUCGCUCUCUCAAUUGUCGCAGUAUGGCACCGCAGUCGCCCACUGUCCUCUGUCGAACGCGUACUUCUCCGCGAAGCCGUUUCCGCUUCGCGAGGCGCUGCAAGCUGGCGUGAAAGUCGGCUUGGGCACGGACAUCGCAGGCGGUUAUGAUAUCAACAUUAUGAGCUGCAUGCGGCAGGCGGUCGCGGUCUCCCGUAUAAGGGAAGGUUCGCGAAUUAUGCGGGCUGCCGACGACACGACGUGGGAGCCACAAACUGACCUUUCAGUGGACUGGAAGGAGGCGCUGUAUCUCGCAACCCGUGGAGGCGCCAUUGCGCUAGGGCUGCCAGACGGGUGCGGCCUAUUUGUGGUUGGCGUGCCGUUUGAUGCACAGCACAUUCGACUCUUCGACGCGUACACGGGAGAGGGUGUCGGUCCGCUGGAUUUUUUCGAUGACAAUCCUUUGAGCAAGAGAGAAUUGACGACGGACAUGAUUGAGAAAUGGUGGUGCAUAGGCGAUGGACGGAAUCGCUGUGCAAUGUGGGUACAGGGCAAGAGACUGGUUUGAAGGUAUGUCGGAUUCCCAGAAUGUGAAUCGCCCUUGCGUGGCGAGUUUAUGGAUUUCGUGAAAACAUCCGUUCGAAAUGGAAUUGACGUAAUCAUGUAAACGGGCUGAGUGGAGCGGGGACGAGUGUAGAACAAAGUCUCGAAUGAUAAAACAAUCGAGUGCGUUACAUAAGUAUAAAAGAAAAUGCUACACCAAACAAUCGCCGGCAUAAGAGCACUGAACAGCUAUGGCUGCGACCCUAAAUCGCUGGCCUUCAACUCCUCCCAAUUUGGAAGACCGACGAUGCUCGGGAGCUCGUCCCAAAUCUGCUGCCGCUUUGCGAACACGUGUUCACGAAAUGCACGGUGACAAGGAUGGCAAGCGGUUGGGUCUU